AUGACUUCAAAUUAUUAUGUAGAAAAUAUCAAGGAAAGUGCAUCAGAUGUGAGUGAUAUUCAGAAGCAUUCAUUAAGGCCCCAAAGAGAACGAAAACAAAAAAUAAAUUUAAUAAAUGACAUUGUUGAUCAAACAAUUUGUAAAAGAAAAAUUAAAAGAUAUCACUGCAUCAAGUGUCAUAGGAGAAAAUCAUUUACAUCACAAACCCAACUUGACCGUCACAUUGCAAAUACUCACAGCAAAAAGAUUAAUCAUGGAGUGAUAAUCUGUGAGAUUUGCUCAGCUGUACUCAAAUCUGAAGCUUUUUAUAAACGACAUUUGAUCACUAAACAUCCACAGACUCCCAAAAUCUACAUUUGUGAUUAUGAUGGCAAACAAUUUAACGCAAAAGAUUAUCUUCGAAUUCACAUGGAUCGUCAUAGAAAAAAUCAAAUUCUUACAUGUGAUAUUUGUACAAAAUCUUACAUCAGCUUACAUACAUUUAGAAGACAUUUAAAAAUGCAUAUUGAAAAGCAUAUUUGUAGUGCCUGUGGAAUGAUGUUUAGCACAAAAAUCUUGCUUCAAAAUCAUUUUGCUACGAAACAUACUUUAGAUCUUCCCUUCAAAUGCAACCACUGUACAAGAAUGUUUCCAACAAAAACUGCCAGGAAUAAUCAUCACUACCAAAUACAUAAAAGUAAAGAACUUCAUUUUAAAUGCAAUUUGUGUAAUGUCUUCUUUGAAAUGAAAGAGGAAUUGAGAAUUCAUAGUUUUAUUCAUUUCGACGGUGAAAUUAAAACGUGCCAUGAGUGUGAUCAAAUCUUUAAGAAUAAUCGCCUUCUUAAAAUUCAUAUGCAGAAACAUCAAAGCGAGAAAAGCUUUCAAUGUGAAACCUGCGGUGAUUAUUUCACUUUUAAGACCGGUCUUGCCAAACAUAUUCGAAUGAAUCGCUGCAAAGGUCCAAAAUUGAAAGCAGAAUCCGAUGAAACGAAAGAAUUAGAUCAAGUGGAUAUUGCUGAAAUUGCUAAGAAUCAAUUAAAUCAAGUAACAGCACCAUCUAGAAAAUAUCCCCAGAAAGAAGACACGAUUGAUUUAUUAAAAGAUAUAAAAAGUGGAAAAGAAGAAUCGGAAUCAGAGACUGAAGAUUUGUUUGGUAAAUUUUUUGACGAUGUUAAAGACGAGAAUGAAAUUGAAAACGAACCAAAUGAGAAGUCACUAAAAACACGAUGGAUUCGUAAGAGAAAGUCCCCACAAUCAAUAAAAUUGCGAAAUGGUCGUCCACAUCUUAUUUACAUUUGUGAUUUUUGUGGUGAAAAAGUCAAAUUUAAGAAAGAAAUUUUAAAGCACAUGAAGUUGCAUUCAAUCUUCCAAAAAUACAAGUGCAAAGAAUGUCCGGAGGCGUUUAAAAGUCGAAGAAAACUUUUUGAACAUUCAAUUGAUAUUCACGAGGUCAAGCCACAGGUGCUUGUUGAAGCUUACACAUGUGAAUUGUGUAACAGGAAAUUUGAUAUAAAAAGCAAAUACGAAACACAUAAACUCAGUCACGAUGAUAAUGCAAGAAAAUACAUUUGUUCGAUUUGCAAUGCUGGAUUUAAAAGUGUUGGAAAUUUAAGAAGACAUGAAGCGAUUCAUGCUUUGACAAAAGAUUUUCAUUGUUCAAAAUGUUCAAAGAGUUUCAAGACAAUUUUAUCACUGAAAAUUCAUAACGAAUCGAAACAUGGUGUGGUGAAAAUUUACGUCAAUUGCCCAUUUUGCAAAAUUAUACUUGCGGAGAAGAAUUUGAAGCAACACAUCAAAAACAUGCACACUGAAGAAGGUCAAGAGAAGCCUUUCAGUUGCUUCAUUUGCAUGAAAACUUUCAAGACGGAAAAACUUGGUCAACGACAUUACGAGUCAGUUCACGAACCGAAGAAUCAAGGAAUUGCUUAUCUUUGCAGUGAAUGUCCUGAACUUCAAUUUUAUCGCCAACGCGAUCUUAAAAUGCAUUCAUUCAUGCAUUACAAUGGAACAAUCUAUCAAUGCGACAUUUGCAUGAAAAUGUUUAAGAGUAAACGACUUUUGACACUUCAUCAAUCAACUCACAAAGAAGAAGUAAAAUAUUCAUGUAAAGAAUGCAAUUUGGAAUACAAAACUCGGAGCGGUCUUCGGAAGCAUGUCGUGAAACUUCACGAAAACAUUAAUAAAGAAAAAGAUUUCAUUUUAUCAUAA